CUAUGUAGAAAUAUGUUUGUGUAAGCUGCCAACGUAAGUGUCGUAUAUGAUAGGUCUCGUAUACUUUCACGACCAUGCGCGCAAACAAUACUGCUCUAGCGGUACCUUUCCACAGACAACUUCAGAGGGGUUAACGAAGCUAUAGAUUUCUUAAUAAUCUUUUAUUUGUAUAAAGAAAUAAGAAAUUGAAGGGUUAACAAAAAAAGCGUCUGAGACAUGUUUUGUCAAUCACACUAAUAAGUUCUAGCAACAAACCCUAAAACAAUUUUAUUUUUAAUCAUUAAUAAAUGUUUGCCGCAUCAUACUCUAGCGGCGCAUAGUACAAUUAGACCCUCCUGCAGUGCUGCCAACUAUAUCUUUCCUAACGAAUUAUGAAUGAAAAACGUACGAAAGGAAAUGGAACUAAAUGAAAUCUCUUCGAACCUUUAAAUAUACAACCCCAUCAAAUAUAGUAAAUAUACUUCAUAAUGUUUGAAUAAUACUUUGCAUGUAUGAAGUAAAAUGAUGAAAAUAACUUUGUUAUAUUGGUAGGUCCCGUUGAUUUCGCGUUUUUACUGACUUCACUCUGCACAGCUUACAGAAGUUUGUAUACAUAAGAGAAACAAGAAGAACACGUGUAAUUCACUUUUAAAUAUAAUUGUUGUGUAAUUCUAUACUUGUAUUCUGAAUGCAAUAAUUAAAGAUUUUUGUAUAACAGCACUGUGUUUUAUUUUAUGACACUGACACACGAUGCAUGGUUCAUAACCAUAAACGGAUACAAACAGCUUUGAUUAAACAUUUGCUAUAAAUAAUAUUUUUCCUGUUAUUGUUUGAGUUAAAACAACAUUCACUAUGGAUGCUGAUCUAUAUGAUGAAUUUGGUAACUACAUUGGGCCAGACUUAGCUUCUGAUAGUGAAGAUGAAAAUGAGUAUGGCAAUACUGGAGAUGAUGCAGACGAUAGAGAACGCUCUGAUGAAGAGAUGGAAGAAGACAAAGAUGAGUCUAGGGAACAAUCAGAGCAAGGCAAUUCUAUGGCAGUUGUGUUGCACGAAGAUAAAAGAUAUUAUCCCAGUGCAUUAGAAGUUUAUGGGCCAGAAGUAGAGACAUUAGUUCAAGAAGAAGAUGCCCAGCCAUUAGACAAACCAUUGAUAGCUCCAACCAGGAAGCCAAAGUUCCAAAUAAAACAGCAACAACUUCCAGAAACAACAUACAGUAUAGAAUUUUUAGCAGAUAUGAUGGACGCGCCACAUUUAAUACGGAAUGUUGUUCUACUUGGUCAUCUGCAUCAUGGAAAAACUACUCUAGUGGAUUGUUUAGUGAGACAGACUCAUCCCUAUCUUCAUAGUGUAACAGAUGAGAAACCUUUGAGGUACACAGACACGCUAUUCACGGAACAACAGCGGGGCGUAUCUACGAAAGCAACACCCGUCACUCUGUUGUUACAGGACGUGAAGUCGAAGUCUUAUCUUUUAAACAUAUUCGAUACGCCGGGUCACGUGAACUUCUCCGAUGAGGCGACGGCUGCGAUACGUUUAUCUGACGGCGCGAUACUAAUCGUUGACGCCGCGGAGGGCGUCAUGUUAAACACUGAGCGCCUGCUGAAACACGCGCUGCAAGAAAAGCUUGCGUUAACAGUCUGUAUAAAUAAGAUAGAUCGGCUGAUUUUAGAGCUGAAACUACCCCCGUUAGAUGCGUACUAUAAACUGAGACAUAUCAUCGAAGAAAUCAAUGGACUGAUUGCGCUUUACUCAGAUAACGAAAACCCCUCCUUCGUGUCACCCGCGAUAGGAAACGUAUGUUUCGCGAGUUCCGAGUAUAAUGUUUGCUUCACCCUGAAAUCUUUCGCUGCUCUGUACGCGAAGACUCACCUCAACUUGAACGCUAACGAGUUCGCAAAAAGAUUAUGGGGCGAUAUAUAUUUCAACUCGAAAACGCGCAAAUUUACAAAAAAACCGCCGCACAAUACCGCUCAGCGCAGCUUCAUCGAGUUCAUACUAGAACCUUUGUACAAGAUAUUCGCGCAGGUUGUCGGUGAUGUGGACACCACUUUACCCGAUGUCCUAGAUGAAUUGGGUAUUAGAUUGACGUCGGAGGAAAUGAAGAUGAACAUCAGACCUCUCUUGAGACUCGUAUGUACCCGUUUUUUGGGUGACAUGUGUGGGUUGGUUGAUAUGUGUGUAGCCCAUGUCCCUAGUCCUCAGUCGCACGCACCGGUCAAAGUGCAGCACGUUUAUACUGGACCGAUAGAUUCGCCUCUCGCGCAGGACAUGGUCAACUGUGAUCCAGAUGGGAGAUUAAUGAUUCACAGUACAAAAAUGUAUCCUACCGAAGACUGCACGCUGUUCGUAGUCCUCGGAAGGGUGAUGUCCGGUACCCUGGAAGCAGGACAACGGGUCCGCGUGUUGGGUGAAGCAUAUUCUCGUACGGAUGAGGAGGAUUCGCGCGUUCUUACUGUCGGUAGACUAUGGAUCAGCGAGGCACGUUACUCGAUCGAGUUGAACAGGGUUCCAGCAGGCAACUGGGUCCUCAUCGAGGGUAUCGAUCGACCUAUUGUGAAAACGAGCACAAUAACCGAUCUGAACAGUUCAGACGAUCUACACAUAUUCCGGCCAUUGAAGUUCAAUACCCAAAGCGUGAUCAAAAUCGCGGUGGAGCCUGUUAAUCCAUCGGAAUUACCAAAGAUGUUGGAUGGUCUCAGAAAAGUGAACAAAAGCUAUCCUUUGCUGGGUACCAGGGUCGAAGAAAGCGGCGAACACGUAGUCCUGGGCACAGGAGAAUUAUAUUUGGAUUGUGCCAUGCACGAUUUGCGGCGCAUGUAUUCAGAAAUCGAUAUAAAAGUCGCCGACCCUGUGGUCGCGUUCGCGGAGACAGUAGUCGAGACCAGUUCCCUGAAAUGUUUCGCCGAAACGCCGAAUAAACGUAACAAGUUGACGAUGAUCGCCGAACCGUUGGAAAGAGGAUUGGCGGAGGACAUAGAAGCGGAACACGUGAAAAUUACAUGGAACAAGAAACGGCUAGGAGAGUUCUUCCAAACGAAAUACGAUUGGGACUUGCUAGCUGCGCGAAGUAUAUGGGCGUUUGGUCCUGAUUCCACGGGCCCUAACAUUCUAGUCGACGACACUCUCCCAUCCGAGGUGGAUAAAACUUUGCUAAACAGUGCGCGAGACGCCAUUAUUCAAGGCUUUCAAUGGGGUACUCGAGAAGGUCCUCUCUGCGAGGAACCAAUUCGGAAUGUCAAAUUUAAGAUCCUCGACGCUGUGAUCGCCCAGGAACCUCUGCAUCGAGGAGGUGGACAAAUUAUUCCGACUGCUAGAAGAGUAGCCUACUCCGCGUUCCUGAUGGCGACGCCUAGGUUAAUGGAACCCUAUUUAUUCGUGGAGGUUCAAGCUCCCGCGGAUUGCGUGUCGGCCGUUUACACGGUUCUAGCUAAGAGAAGAGGUCACGUGACCCAAGAUGCUCCUGUUCCCGGAAGCCCCUUGUACACCAUCAAGGCGUUCAUACCAGCGAUCGAUAGCUUCGGGUUCGAGACUGAUCUGAGAACGCACACGCAGGGUCAGGCAUUCUGCUUGUCCGUGUUUCACCAUUGGCAGAUCGUACCCGGUGAUCCUUUGGACAAGAGUAUCACGAUUCGACCUCUCGAACCUCAACCGGCUACACACUUGGCUAGGGAAUUCAUGUUGAAGACGCGGAGAAGGAAGGGUCUCUCAGAAGAUGUAUCCAUUAAUAAAUUCUUCGACGAUCCUAUGUUGCUCGAAUUGGCAAGACAAGAUGUACUUCUAAAUUAUCCAUUAUAAUGAAUGAUAGUUGUAAUAAUUCCGUUUAUGAUUCUAUUGUAAAGACCUAUCGAUAAUAAAAUUAAUUUUCUACGAA